GAGUCAUAGACAACCCGUCCAAAUGAAACAGAGGAACUUGCCCCCCAGAAAAGCUUCACCGAGAGCACCAUUGCAACCUGCGAUCACCAUGACGAUAUCAAAACCCAAGCCACUGGAGGAUCAAUUUAAGAUGAAAAAAAGACACAGUGGUUGGUGUGAAAACUGGAAAAAUGUUGCCUAAGAAGGGCAAGAUUAUAUCUGUGACACAAACUCUCUGUCCUGUAGUGGUCCUUGAGACUCGGCAAAAAUUAUUUGGCCGGGACAAAGUGGAAGGCAGACAUCAGUGCAGACUCUGCCGUAGGGUUUUCCAGGACAUAGACACCUUGAUAAUGCAUCAUGCCCUGCAUAAAAAAGAAAGAGUUAAAUUUUGUCUUUGUUGUCAACAAUUUGUGAUAACUAUAAUCUCCGUCCCUGAAAGCCAUGUCUGCUCUGAUGUAUUUUCUAGAAACCAUCAACCUUUGAUGGGAAAAAUGUCCCAGAAACCAAUCAGCCCUACAGCUCAAGAGGCAGAAAAAAUGUUCUACUGUACUUUAUGCAAGCGUGGCUACACACGGAUACGCAGCCUCAAAAAGCACAACUGUCCAUGUAAAGCUUCUCUGAAAUCCUUGACCACUGUAGGCUUGGAGGAGUGCAAUCCGGCUGUUCCAAACUCAAAUCAAAUGUCAACACAGCAUAUAAAUAUAGGCGUAGGUACAGAGCCGAUAAAGAUUGAGGAACAGAACAUAGAAUUCCCUAAUGGCAAGAAAGAUCAGAUUGGGUUGAAGAUGCAGCUGAAGGAUCAGCUGAAUCCCACAGAAACCCUUGAGUCAAUCUUUGCCAGUGUUUCUAACUCCAAACCAACUGAAUCAACUGAAAACUCCACUGAAGUACCAGCUGACAUGAUUGGAAUAAAUCAAGAGGAAAGCGAUAAACUGGUUGAAAAGCAGUGGACCAUGCCUUUGGAUGAUGCUGAAAUUGAUGUACUAAUAGAUGUGGAUCAAAAGGACUCCGAUGAGGAAGAUUUGACAGACGUGGCUAGAGAUGACUUUGAUGAAGGUGAGGAUGUUGUCAUUGUAGAGUCUCAUGAGGACAAGGAAAUGUCAGCUGCAUCUAGUAAUGGCUUUCAGGUGCAUAUGACUAAUAAAGGCUUGAAGAGGUUUGUUUGCAAUGGGUGCCAGAGAAGCUAUUCCCGCCUAUUUACUCUAAAGGAGCACCUGAAGAUUUGCGGGACAAGAAAAUUAAAGCCGCAAAAUAAUACAUUUAAUAUGGCUGGGCCAAUUAAAAGCUUUCCAUGCCCUCAAUGUGGUAAGUUCUUUAGCCGCAAAGACAAUAUGAAUAGCCAUCGAAAGAAGUGCCAUGCAUCAAACACUAAUUCCAGCAGUAAGUAA